AUGAUGAAGCAAGAGGUAUAUUACCCAGAAAAAGUUAACAUUAUCAUAGAUUUGCUUACCUACAUAAACGUUGAAAAAACUAAUUAACUUAAAGAAUUGCCGAAAUACAAAAACUUUGCAAAGUGGCUAAAAGAUAAUGGAGUGAUAUAUCCAGCAGUUGAUUACCCAGUAGCAUUUGGAAAGCAUGGGUAUUUGAUAGGGAUGGCAGCCAAAUAGGAUAUCCCACCUUAGAAGGCAUUCCUAUUCGUGCCUUAGAAACUCAUGAUUAAUGAAGUUGUAGUAAGGAAUUCAAAGAUUUCACAUAUAAUCAAUAAGCAUCCAAAAAUUUUCAAGCAUCAUUAAGAUGCUGAGUACUUGAUAUUGAUCGUGUUUGUCUGGCACGAGCUUUUAAAAGGUGAGGAAUCGUUCUGGUAUCACUAUUUCCAAAUUAUCAACUAGAGUGAUCUGCCAAUGCUUUGGACUGAAGAAGAAAUUGCAGAAUUAUAGGACUAAGUUAUGCAAAAGGACAUUUUGGAAUACAGAGCAGAAUAUGAUAAUGAGAUGGAAUUAGUAUUUUCUACUUUUAUAAAGGAGGGAUACCAAGAAUUUUAUCCUGGACUAGGUGAUCAUGAAUAAGAGGAACAUAUUAUAGCAUGCUAUCACAAAGCCUAUCUAUCAGUGGUAACUAGGUGUUUUGGCUGGGGACUGCCUUAGACCAGCAUGAUACCUUUUGCAGACUGCAUCAAUCAUCAUAAUGUUGACUCGACUUAUGAGCUAAUUCAUGAGGAAUAUCACUAGGACAUAUUAAAUGAUGAGAGUUCAAGAAUGGGACCAAUUGAAUACUAUACAUCAUCGAAGAUUGAAGGAGAUUAUACUGAUUUUUUUCAAACUUAAAGUUCUUAGGAUUCAAAUUAAAGUAGCGAUUAAAAUUAAAUAGAAGAGCAAAUAUCUGAGGAAAGGAAGUAUCAGUCCUUGAUAAGAAGAUAAGGCUGGCCUAAGAGAACUUAAAAUCAUAUGGAUAAAAUGUUUCGCAGAAAACAAACCUUUUAGCUAGCUCUCAGUGAGUUCAAGGAAAGUAAGACAAAAGAGAUAUGGGAUGUGGAAUAUAUAACUACAUCAGACGAGGAGGAUAAUGAUACAGAGGAGGAGGAAGAGGAGUCAUCAUCAGAGUCAGAAACAGAUCAAACUCAGAUAUCUGAUAUUAAAAGCUAGCAUAGUGCAGUUGGAUAAGGUCAUUCUAAAAACCUUCAAAAGCCCAAGAAGAAGCAGGGGCAACCAAAAGAUGUAGUUUACUAGUUGAUUGAUCAGAACUAGUCUUUAUCAAAGAGAGAUCUAUAGGCAAGAUUACUAAAACUAAAAUGGUGGAAGGAAUCACAUAAGAAGUUUAAUUAGGACAAUGAAUUGUAUGAUGUUGAUGAAGAUUUCUCAUGGUGGUCUUAUUAUGAUGAGAAAGUUUACUAUGCAAUGGGAGCCAAAUUUAAGACAUAUUAUCAAAAAGGAGAUUAGUUAUUUAAUUGCUAUGGACUCAGGACAAAUAGAUUCCUAUUGAUCAAUUAUGGCUUUUGCCUCAGAAAUAACAAAUACAAUUCGUUAGGGUUUAAAGUCUUUAUAAAUUACAAGCCCCCGGUUGAGCAUGAGACUCCGAAAAAUAAGAAGGUCAAUCCAGAAACUCAUAACUCAGAUGAUGAUAGUGAUAAUUCUGAAGAAGAAGAAGAGAUUGAAGAGAAGGCAACAAGUAGGCAUCAAAAGAUAAUCAGACUAAAGAAUGACAAGCUUUGCGAAGAACUUUUGUAAUAUCUUAGAUCUAAUAUGAUAUACACUGAGUAAUUCAGAGAUAGUGAGCAUCUUUUAGCUUCAAGUCCUAUUGAUGCUAUAUUUGAGACUCAUAUUAUAACAGUUGCUAUAAGUUUGCUUGCAAACAUGCUUCAAAAUAAGUAUCCAACAAGCAUACAACACGACAAGAAACUGCUAGAAAAAGUAGAUGAUAACUAUAGGUUAAAAAUAGCACUAAUACAUAGGAUAAAUCAAAAGGAGAUUAUAGAUAACCAGAUUAAAUUACUUACGAUAUUGAAUCGAAUAGUGAACAGAGUCAAUUAAGGUAUGGAUUUAAAGACUGCCUAUUGCUUAAAGGUUGAAGAUGCUGGAGAAAGGACUGAUGCUGAUAUUGUUAGGAAUAGAGUCAAGCUAAGAAAGUAUUUAAGAGAAUUCAGCCAUAAUCAAUCAGUUUUGAAGUAAUAAAAGAAGUAAAAAUUGCUCGAUGAAGAAUAGGAAUAACUUUAAAAGCAAGCAUUUGAGUCUUAAAAGUAAUAAGAGUGA